GUUGAUAUUAAAUCAGCAAGUAGGAGCUGAGAAAUAUUUGUGUGUUCAAAUGUGUUCACAAUUCAAAUCAAUUUUUGAGCAAACGAACCAACUUAUAUACAUAUAAUACAAUACCAAUUUACAAUUAACCAAAAUGUCGGUGAUUAUUAACUGUUCUGCCUACAUGGCGCUAGUUUAUGAGGUCACCGCGGCAUUCCUUGUUAUGGUUCAGAUGAUCAAAUUCGCAAAAAUCAUGAAGUUUGAUAUGUUGGAUGUUACGAUUAUACUUCAGUCCAUGUGUAAACUCAUUACCUUUGGGUUUCUCGCCGUUGGUGUCAUUGGCCGUUACAGGUUCGCGAUUCGGUUGUGGUUGGUCGUAGCCUAUUUGCAAAUCAAAUGGCAAAGUGUUAUAGACGUUAGCAUCCUUAUAUACGAAUACUAUUUCAGUGAGCACAACAAGAGCAAGCAGGAGUUUUUUACGGAGCUGUCCGAUGUGUAUGGGCCCAUCAUUGGUCAAGUGCUGACUCGUAUUGGAAUUAUAUUGAUCGUUUACAGAUUCUUCAAGUCUCUAGAACCAAAGAAAACUAGGCUGUACGGCGUGCAGCCGGAGCAAAAAGCAGAUGAGCUGAAAUCGAAGUAACUACGCAGAACAAAUGCUUUUAUUGUUCGGAAAUCUUUGUUAAAUUAAAAUAAUAAAAAUUGUGAGAAGCGCGGCAAAGGA